GCAGCUCACGACGACCGUGACGACAUCACUACGCCAGGGGCCAUCGUCCCAUGCAACCUCCAGAUACAGAGGAAUCCCUUCCUGAAGGCAUCCCACUGAGAACGUCUCAGGCGCGCCCAAAACGAUCCAAAGUACAGUCAUACAACUCAUGUCGGAAGCAUAAAACACGAUGCGAAAUUCUGGAUUCCAAAUGCAUCCUUCCACGAUGUCAUCGUUACAAUGUUCUCAAGCUAGACUGCUCUCAUGCCAAUACGUCGAAAAAAUCUGCUACUCCUCCCGAAUCAUCUCUUAGCUUAGAUGCAUCGGUGGAUGCUAUGUAUGCUUUAGGAGUGGAUACUAGGCAACUUGAGAUAACCCCCCGUGCUGGUAAAGUGUCAGAUACUGGUAGCGGAGCAACCGAUAGCAAGAUACCCGUAAUCUGGUCUUUCGUUCGUCGGAACCUUGACUGGUCGGCACCCAUUCUGGCAAUGCAGGAGCUGGCCAGACAACCUUUGCAAGAAGAGUCGUCAAUGCCUGUCAUAGCAGUGAACGACCAGCUUCUGUCCAAUAUUCUCACACAAUUAGAGAUCGAGCAUCUCCUUACUUUAUUUUCGGUCAAUUAUUCUCCUUGGCUAAACUUCCAUUUAAUCCAAGAUGGACCUAUACCAUUUCUAAAUCUCGUUUGUUGCACGGUUGCGUCGCGUCACCUCAGCCCCUCCACCCGAUCCCUUGUUGCCCCUCGACUCCAAAAGUUGACUGAAGACACUAUUGCUAGAGUGGCCUUCAAUCCCCAAGAGUUCGAGUCUGAAGAGACCAUACAAGGUCUCAUCAUCCUCUCACUGUGGAUGCCUAUCUGCGGUUCGGCAAAAGGGGGAGGUAGCGAUGGUAGGAUGUUGAUAGGUAUGGCUGUUACUAUGGCCAUGAACCUUCGAUUAAAUGAAGCCGUUGCUACUGCAAAUAGUCUGAGAAAUGAGCUGCAGGGCGAAUGUGAUCGAGAAGUCUUGGAGAAAGCUCUCAAUAGUGCUAGACUGUGGAUGACACUGUCUACGACAGAAUCCAUGUUGUGUGUUGGGACUAGCCGUACACCUCUAUCCCGUCGGUCCGCCUUCGACUUGACGAUAUUCCCCGUGAUAUCGCCAUCCAACACGUCCGAUGGACGCGAUUUGCGGAUACGACUGCUCGCAGAAAUAUUCGAUUCAACAGAACGGGGCUUAACAGUGCAGUUCGCAAGUCGUGCAGACAUGGACACUUGGUUCACCGGAAUAACAAACGCGCUCUCAGACAUGGAUAAGCUCUCAAGACUGAUAUCGCCGCUGUCAGUGGUUUCGAAUCACGACCGAUUCUACUAUCAUAUGUUUCACCUCCUCCUCCAAUGUUGCCGGCUUCUAGUUCCUUACCACGCUAUCGUCAUAGCGAGGCAUGUCGCCAGUUCGACGCAGAGAUGGUUUUUAGAGAUUCAACCACACGACCUCAACAUCAUCCCAAUCUGGUCAAAGGAAUGUAUCUCUUUAGGGGAAGCUAUCAUGGUGUCACUUUUACAAUCUAAUAAAAAUCUUCUUCCAACGGCGCCGGACGUCUUGUUCGCCAUGAUGGCAUUUGCGGGAGGACUGAUCGUCGGGGCCAAAUUGUUAAUGCUGGAUAAGCACAGGACAGAGUUCCUCGGAUGUGGAGAUGCUUUGCUUGAGCAGAGUAUACGGGCGCUGGGAGAUGCAUCGGUUGCCCCAGAUCAUGCUGCUGGGAGGUGUUCAGCGUUAAUGGGUGCCAUGUACGCUUCAUGGGUGGGGAAGCGGAGGGGAGAGCCCGAGAAGGGGUUUCUGGCGGCGCCUUCUGAGCUUGCUGGGACAGGUCUUUUUCUUGGGACUGAGGCGGAAGGGAGAGGACUUGUCGAUCAGAGUACGAAUAUGGAUAUCUUUCAGGACCUCGAAUUUUGGUCUACUUUCUUUGGUGAGCAGAUGGGAACGGAAUCAACAGCGUACUUCUCUCAGGAUGGUUUUACCGGGAUGUAUGUUUAGAGGUUGACUUGUAUAAAUAUUAUCUAUCAUCC